GGGGUCCGGCGCCCGCCGCUCCGCCUGAGGGCCCGAGACCUGUCGCUCCGCCUGGGGGUCUGAUGCCUGUCGCCCCUCCUGGGGGCCCGUCGCCCCGCCCGGGGACCCGAUGCCGGUCUCCCCGCCCGGGGGCCCGGUGCCUGCUGCUCCGCCCGGGGGCCCGCUGUCUGCUGCUUUGCCUGGUAAUCCGGUGUGCCUCUGCCCGGAGUCCGGCCCGGUGUGCCUCUGCCCGGAGUCCGGCCCGGUGUGCCUCUGCCCGGAGUCCGGCCCGGUGUGCCUCUGCCCGGAGUCCGGCCCGGUGUGCCUCUGCCCGGAGUCCGGCCCGGUGUGCCUCUGCCCGGAGUCCGGCCCGGACUGUUUGGAGCGUCCUGAGGCUGCUCCUUGAGGGG